AGAAAAGUAUUAUUUGAAAGGUGUUUGAAGGUAUAAAAUAACAUAUACCUAUAUGAUGCAGUAUUCGCAUAACGUAGAAUAUAGAUGUCACGAUGACACCUAAAUCAUUAUUUUUCUCAACUACCUUAAUGGGUUCAUUAUCUAUCGUACCGAUGAUUUUUUGGUUUGUUAGUACCCAAGUGUUAUACUUUAUAUUUACUAUUGUUCGACGAAAUCAGCCAAUAUAUGCACCAAGGACAAACAGUAUGUAAAUCCGUUUGCAGUACACGAUAAUAUAAAAUAGAAUUGGCAUACAAUUUACAACCAUCAGAAAAGAAAGCGGUAUUUGACGAAAUACAAUGAGGUCAUGAAUAUCUGGAUGUUGAAGAUAUCGCCAUUGCUGUCAGUUCGUAUGGAAUAUACUACAUGGUGUUUGCAUAUUUAAGACAACAACACAACAUAGCGGAAAUUUUGCAGCAAUUAUCAACAUUUAAAAAUUUUGGGAAACCCCCUGGGUUUGAUGACCUUAACAGAAAACUGAAUUUGUUUGCAAAAGUGCUAACUAUCUGCGAGUUUGCAACUAUAGUUGCGUAUAAAAUUAUGAGAAUUGUAAAAAAAUCAGAAUGCAAAACUACUCUUGCAGAAUUAGGCUUAACCAGAUAUUACUGUGGCUUAGGAACCCCUGUAUGGAGCUGGUUCGAUCUGGAUUAUUUUCCAGUUUUUCAUUUAUUUGUUCUUUAUGGAUUUUUGUUCGCUCUUAUUCAUAGUAAAAACUGCUCCCAGAUUUCUUACCAUGUUCUAGAAAUAUCUUAUCAUGCGACUUUAAGGAUAGAUCAUUUAAAGAGUUUAAUAGUGUCAUGUUUUGACAGCAACAACCCCAAAACGUCGUAUAAAAGAUUCGAAAAGUGUGUAGCAUACCACAACGAAAUUUUGAAUUUAAUGGAGAAAAUUGAUACAACUUUUAAAUCAGUUAUGUUUGGCCACUUUGCUUUAACAGGUGCUGUUUGUGCAUGCCUGGAAAAACAAAUUAUAGACGGACACAAUGCGUUUACAGGAUUUUGUCAUUUUAUGUCAUGGAUUACAGCAAUAUUUGUUGUAUGUGUAGCGGGACAACGUGUUAUUAACGCUAGUGAAUCGGUAUCUGAUGCAUUGUGGACUUCAAAGUGGUACGAAGCAGAUAUCGUCCUUCAAAAAUGUUUACUUGUUAUGUUAACAAGAUCGCAAAAAAGUUGUACUUUAAAAGCUGGUCCUUUUGGAAUACUUUCCUACAGAUUCUUUAUUUCGGUACUUAAAACGUCUUAUUCUAUUUUGUGUGUAUUAAGUUCUUGAAUAUUCUACUACUAAGAACAAAUAACUAAGUAUAUAUAACUGCACGUGAACCUCGCGUCGGAGCCAUUAACCUUAAGGUGACUAACUGUACGGUACCAAAAGGACUAGUUUUUCCUUCAAAUGCACGCAUAUUCAGUUUUACGGAAGAAAAUAUUGAGAAAACAAUUGUUAACUUACGUAGUAUUAAUUCAGACACGAGGGGGGGGACUUGAAGGUACCCUCACGGGUCCGGCUCUGAUGAUUACACAAUAGAUAGUCAAAACAUAACAAUGCAUAUGAUGUGUGAUUUUAUGUUUGUGAUAAUCAGGACUCAGUUAACGACGCAAGUAAUUCAAUUAUACCUCAGA